AUGGAUAGGGUAAUUGAAUUAUUAAACUCAAAAAAAAUAUAGGAAUCUCCUGAGAAUAGAAGAUUACUUUUUAAUAAUCCUACAUACAAACCAUACUUAUUAUUAACUUACAAUGAAUUUAGAUAAUUGUUUAAAGUAGAUGAUAAUAAUGUUACUCGAUUCAAUAAAAUGAUCAUUUACACAGAGAUGGAUUACUACAACUACGUUUAUAAUCAAACUUGGGCAUAUAAAUGGUAUCCAUUAUUAUUCAAAUUUACUUUGAAUUGUGUUCGAAGGAGAUCAACAAGCAUCAUUUUUUCCUUGAUGUACUUGUACAGUGUUGAAGUAUUCUUAGAAAAAUUAUGUCUAUUUUAAUACGUAGAUGACAAAAUAAUAGAUGCCUCUGAAUAUUUCACUGCAGCUCUUUCCAAAGAAAAAAGUAAUCCUCAUCAAUAGCAUAGAUCUAUAAAAAUAAAAUGAGCUUUUUCUAAAGUACAAGGAAAUCAUCUUAAAAGAUUUCAAAGAUAAACAUUAUGUUGAAGAAUACAAACCAAGAGAUUGGAUACUUAUGGGUAAUAAAUUUAAUAUCCAUAAUCCAUAUAUACAUUGGACAGAAUCAAAAGAUGAGAAUGCCGAUAAAAUUAUGAAAGAAUUCUUUGUAAAGAACUUUUAACUAUUACUUUUCUUUGAUAGAAUACAACGUUUUGCUAAAUUGAUAAAAAAUGAAGGAUAUACAGGUUUAUAAAGAGAAACAAGAUUAUGUGUUUAGAAUUUAAUCAAAUAAGGAAAAAGACUAGUAUUGGAAUUUCCUGUCUAUAAGGAAUAUGUUCCUUAUUUGAAUUCAUAUUAUAAAAUAGAGGAAUUACUUUCAGCUUCUUAUAUUGAUUAAAGAAAAAGAUUUAUAUAAUUAGAUCAUUAUAAAUUAAUAGGAAGUAAAAUUAUAAAUUUAUUCAAUUAUUUGGUUUAUGGAAGAUGUGAAUUUGUAAGAUACGAAUUUAAAUGGUUUGACCCAAAUAUAUCUGCUAAGAAACCUAUGUUUAGUAAAUAUUAAUUAUAAUAAUUAAAUAGGAGCUGAAUCAGUUUGGUAUGAUUUUGUACCAUAUGUGCUAUUACUUUUGUUACCUACAAAAGUAAUGGGAAUUAAGAGAGUAGUUGGAAAUGCUAAAAAAUAUGCUGAUUAUGCAUCAACUUUAGGUUCAAAAGUUAAAUAAUAGACAUAGAUUUGA